AUGCCUCGUCGAGCCAGGACAACUACCGCACCUACCAUCACACCCUCACCCGCUCCCAGAGACCAGUUCCAUCACUCCAUUCCGAGAUUCAUAUUGCGGCGUUUUCAUACUGGUCCUCGCAAAUCCAAAGCAGAGCGACGCAAAGAGUAUCAACGGACACACAUCGAUCCUGACCAUGUCUUUUACUACGACUUGGCGUCAGGGUGCCUCGAUGAUCGUUCGAUCGGGACCAUCUAUGGGCUCAAGAAUCUUUAUAGGGACGCAAGCAACCCCAGCAACGUCAAUGAACUGGAGGAAAAGCUUUCCGUGCUAGAAAGAGACGCUGCUGUGAUCAUCGAAGGACUCCAUUCCAGUCUUGCCGAUGGGAAAGCUAUCCUGAAACGGCAUGAUCUCGAGCGAUUGCGGAAGUUCUUAUUCAUAAUGCAUUACCGCAAUAUAGGGUCGUCGUACUUCAAUCCUGAUCAUCCCACUGGAGGCCCGCCCAUUCGGUUAUGGCUUGAGCGCUACAAAACCAAGCACCGGUGUCAGACACAUACCGAUGUGUGGUUACACGUCCUCCGCUAUUACUUGGAUACCCCUCAUUCACAGAUUGUUAACGAUGCCCAGGCGUUGUAUGAUCAGCAUGGCCGGGAGAAGAUCUAUCAUGCGGCGUUGACCCACAUCGAUCCCAACUUUGAGCAUUACGAGGCCGUUGCGUACUAUAUGCAAGCUGAGGAUUAUUUCUUGUGCAUAUGGGAGGCUAAUGCCACGUCGGAAUUCAUUCUGACUAGUCAGGGGUUUGGAUUGUGGGAGGGUAUAUCGGGAACAGGCCUCCGCAUUCAUCGUAUUUUUGUCGUCAGCCCCCGGAUUGCUGUCGUCUUGCGCUCCAACUAUCCCGUGUAUGAGGGACCCCUGCCAGUGAAUAGUUUAUUGUCUAGCAUUCACCAGGAGAGAUGCACCGUCAAACUCGUCAAUGGGGAAAACGGAUUCAUGUUCCCCGAGGGCAUGGACCAGGAGUCGUCAACCAACUGGAACCUUUUCAGAUCACCCGAUGAUCUUUUCACAUUUUCCAUAACGAAGCUCUCCCUCUCCGAGACCGAUGCUUUCAAUACCUUUCUUCUUGACAAUGUCAAAUAUCAUGGCGCCAUCACGUUUCUGGGGAAAGGACGUAUGUUGCGUACCAUCCAUACCUACGAUCAUAACCCAGCAAAUAAAUAUGAUCGACAAAAGUACACCUCGUUGAUGCGGCAUUUAUCGGUAAUCCCGACAGGUAUAACGCAGGUACCAUCACCAUACGAUCCAGUCGAUACAGAGCUCUAUACGGCUCUCAUGGGGAUCCUGCUCAAUGAAAAACUCUUCAUCUCUCGCUACAACCGCGCCUUGUCUGUUUUCCAGCUAGUAAAAGACCCUUCCCUGCGCAAAUCCUGCCCCUUCGUAUCGGAGCAUAUCUCCAACUUCCAUGCUGCUUUACAAGGAUGUCAAGACAAAUUUGACAGGGCUAUAGUCAGAGCUGACCGUCCUAUUACACUGGAACCGUCGCUAUCGGAGGAGGUCUCUUUGCAGGUGUUUGAAGCGCUCGAUCGGUUUGUAUUGGACAAGUUCAAUGUACGACUGACUUAUGAUACCAGUGACGUGCUUGGGCAGGUGGGCAAGGAGGUCAUGCUCAUCGCAUUCCUUGACUGGGUUAUUGACGAGGCAGUCCAUGUUUUGGAUAAAAUGCCUGUUGUAAUGAGGAGAACACUACGGAUUCAAUUUCCAUAA